CAUAUUAUAAAAAAAAUAAAGAAUAAAAUAAGAAUCUUACUGGUACAAAUAAAAUACUAAGAAUAAGAAACUCAACAAGUUGCAGUGAGGUUUGAGUUUUGGGAGAAAAAAAAAAAUGGAGUUGAUGUGUCAUUCUUCAACUUUUCUUCUUCCGCCGGAAAAUCAAAACACCGCUUCGUCUUCUUCUUCCUCUUCUUCGUCGUCUUCUGUUUCUCUAACGUAUGCUCUUGUUAUUCUCAAUCAAAAUCUUCCCAAAUUUACUCCUCUGCUUUGGGACCACGCAUGUAUACGAGUUUGCGCUGAUGGAGGUGCCAACCGUGUGUUUGAUGAAAUGCCUCUUUUGUUUCCUCAACUAAAUCCUUCUCAUGUUCGCUCAAGGUACAAGCCUGAUGCAAUUAAAGGAGACAUGGAUUCAAUCAGGACAGAAGUACUUGAUUUCUAUGCAAACUUGGGAACGAAGAUAAUUGAUGAGUCUCAAGAUCAGGACACCACAGAUUUACACAAAUGUGUUGCAUACAUACGUGACCUCGUACCAAAUACGGAUAAAUCAGAACUAUGCAUCCUCGCUACUGGAGCACUUGGCGGGAGAUUUGAUCACGAGAUGGGAAAUAUUAAUGUGCUCUGUCGAUUCUCCAACACACGUAUUAUCCUUCUAUCUGAUGAUUGCCUCAUUCAUCUUCUUCCAAAGAAUCACUCGCAUAAGAUCUUUAUUCAAUCUUCUCUUGAGGGUCCACAUUGUGGACUCGUUCCCAUCGGGAUGCCAUCAGGAAGUUCUACAACCACGGGACUCAAGUGGGAUCUCAAUGAAACAGAGAUGAGAUUUGGCGGUUUAGUAAGCACAUCAAAUGUUGUAAAUGGAGAUAUAGUAACAGUACAGUCUGAUUCAGAUCUUCUUUGGACUAUUUCUAUUAAGAAGCUCUAGGUUUUACACGUUGUUGUGCAUUCGACUCCGACUUUUCAUAUCUCCCAUGUCUAGUAAUUAGACGGGUCUAAUUCUAUUUAAAGGCCAGGCUUUCUCCUGACCUCUGUUUAUGUUUCUUUUUUCUUUUCAUAUACUGUGUGAAUUAUGGGACGGUAGAAGGAAAUUAUUUAUUGAUUGGGAAGUUCUAUUCCUAAUAACCAAUAAAAAUCAUGGAAGUUCAGGUGCAAAGAAGUUACAUGAA